CCUAAAGCUAAAGCCAUAUCUGAUAUAAAAGCUACUACUAUCACCAAUGAUAAAUUCAGAGAAAAAUGGAAGGAUCCUUAUUAUAUCCAUAAUAUAGUUGUACUAGGAGCUUAUAAACUUUAUUCUAUAGAUGAUAAAAUUUUAAAAGAAACAAUUAAUACUAAUCAUUUAAAAUUAUAUUUUGACCAACCUUUAUGA